AUGCCGAGUGCUGGCAUUCUUUUGCUUCAUGACAACGCUCGACCGCACGCUGCUGCUCAGACUCAAAACCUUAUCACGUCAUUUGGAUGGAAACAAAUGGACAGCCCCGACUUGGCGCCAAGCGACUUUCACCUCUUCCUACACUUGAAGAAAUUCCUGGCCGGCCAACAUUUUGUUGACGACGACGGAGUGAAAGAGGCAGUGCAGCAGUGGCUGACAUCGCAAGCGGCCGCGUUCGACGAGGGUAUAGAAAAGCUUGUGCCCCGUUACGAUAAGUGCCUCAAUAAUAGACCUGGAUACGGAUCGUCGAGGUUCCGAGGAGGGGAGGUCGACGAUAUGUUGGACGAGGACCGAACUGCGGACGCUGAGACGCGUGGCAACGCCGCAAUACCGACCACAUGGCUCACAGACCGGACGACGAGGGUACAAGCGAAAACAAUUUCCAUCACCCACACCCAAACGAGGACAAAAAACCCUAGAAAGAAACCCACAGCACAGCCCCAGGAAAGCCCGGACCCCAUCUCCAUUACCCCAACUACUGCCACCGGCCCGACCCCAGGCACCAGUCAGACCAUGGAAAUAGAAAGUCAACAGUCCCCCGCCGGACCCAGCGGUAUACCACAGCAAGGCCCCACAGACAUGGCUCCACCCACAGGAGGCCCAACCGGAGGACUCCCAGGAGCCGGAAAUGGACUCCCAGACGGCCAAGGACCAGCUGGAGGUGCCGCAGACGAUGAACAAAUUUAUAUAGGACCCAUUGACAUGUCCUUAAUAACCUUCCGGGGUUUUAUGGACACACGGGAGAGAAUUCAACAAUUAGCUGUAGAAAACCCCCUGACAGUUGGAAUAGUCAGACUUGAAAACGAAAGCUUGAUUAAGAGAGUUGAGCGGGAAAAUGCAAAAUUAAACAAAGAAAUUUCAGAGAAAUUACAUUCGGAAUCUGUAAGAUUUUCUUUUGAAAUCAAACAGGUUGGAGAAGAUAAUGAAGGGGAGUUAAGAGCUGCUAAACAGAAUAUGCAGGAACUGUCGAAUGACCUAUAUAAUAAGUUAGACCAGCACAUUGGUGAGAAGAAAUAA